CACAGUUGAACUAGAAGUUAACUGAGGCACAGUUACGGACUGUGUGCCUUCCAGUUAUAAUGUAAUUAGUCACGUUGUUGUUUUAUCUAGCUGAAAAGUAACCCAUUGUGUUCAGGGAUGAUUUAAGGACAACUCUCGUGGGCGAACCUGAAUGGCAGCAUGGUGGUGCAUGACUGUAAUCACACUGACACAUCUUAAAGCCCAGAAAAAUACUUUUAACGUCUGCAUUUCCGUCUUUGUUCCUUAUUUACAUUAUCUAGAAAACGUUUAUUCUCUAUUUGCCAAAGAUAGCCAAACGUGACUAAGUUAAACAGCAAAAACGUUGAGCAAUGUUUUACCUGAAAUGACACCGCUUCUUUUGAGUCAUCAUGAGAACAUGUGUUUGUGUCGAGAGUAGAGAGGUUAAUGUGAUUGACCUUUUUCUCCCUGCAUACAGUAAAUUAUGAUGUACAUGCUUGAUUUACAAGGUUGUUUUUUUAGAAUGUUUUGGAAACAGCUGAAAUGUCGAUGUUGAGUUUCCAUCCUCUUUGUUGAUGUUUAGGUAAAAUCUUUGUUUUGCUCAGCUGUGUAUGUGGACAGGGAUGAUCUGAGUCAGAGCUCAUGGUUUUACAAUGCGUGAGGUAAUGUGUUCUAUUGAAAGUACGGUACUCUCCUCUGGGUCACAUGCUCAGCUUACUGUUCUGAUUUCUUGAUGUUGAUUUAAAAAUGGUGACAGUGUUUAAGCUGUGUGAUGUCAUUCAGUUAUGGCACUGUUUAUAUGAGACCUGGCUGUGACGACUGCCGGUCUGUCAAGGUCUCUUCCAGAUUUAUUUUGGCACGUGUCACGUUACCGGUAUUGCUUCGACAAAUACAUUAAGAAUGGGAAAAAAGAUUGCUACGAGCACAUCGUUACAGGAUCGGAAAGGUCUGCUGUGUGAAGCGUUUCUUUGAAAUGAGGAACUGUGCGUGGAGAGCAUGUGAUUCAGGGGUUAAGUCGAGUCUUGAGCUAGAAAUGCUGUGUCACAGCAGCCGGGGGAGUGAACAAGCACAAGUGAGGCGGGUGAAUGAAAGAGCGUGUUUUUGAGUGUCCGUUGGUGUAAGGUGUUGGUGAUAGUAGAGAGUGGGCACAUGUGACAUCCUCCAGUGGUGGAGGCAAGCGUCCUGGUGGAAACCACUGAUGAUGAUGAUGAUGAUGAUGAUGAUGACGAUGCAGCUACGUCAUCGCCACAUGUGUUUCCUACCUCUCUUGCUCACUGCUCUCCCUCUCUUCUCAUUGGUGCCGCCUGGUCAUGUGACCUAAUGCUCUACUUCUCCUCUCCUUCCCUCAGACAGCUUAGGCUGCGCUGUGUUUCUCUUUGGGAUUGACGCUCAUCUGUGUGUGUAUAUACGAAUAUGUGUGGCAACAGAGAGUCAGACAGUGUACAAUGUACAGGGCCAGGAGAGAGCGAGUGUUGGAACGGUAAUGCAAUAAGCUAUGCUAGGAGGAGAAAAGACUCAGGAAGCAAAACAGAGAGACAAACUGAGAGAGGGAGGCAGAGGCAGUUAGAGAAAGCCAGAGAAAAUGAGAGAUCAAGAGAGACCAAGAGACACAGGGAAAGUAAGAGAAGCAGGGAAAGGCUACUGAAGUUGAUCCAGCCAUAGCGCAGUGUAGCCGGCACACGCUCAGUAAUAUAAAGAGAAAAAAUACUACGCAGGAGCUGACAACGAUCUGCAAGGGAAAGACGGCCAUGUUUUUCCCCCUCCUCCUGGUUAAAUCUGCUCCAAAACUCCAGAAAUGUUGGAGAGAAGAGAGGAGACGCCGCAAGGCCGGUCAGCCAGCAAGUGGGCGAGAGGAAACAUCCAGCAAUCACGAAGACGUUGAUGAUGAUACCGGCAAUGACGCCAAUGCAGAACAAUGACUGUUCGAGAAGUCACUUCAGUGCAUGGCCCCAGAAGUGGAGGCCAGAUGGAAAUUGGGUCACAUGACCGCCUCCAGGAAGGCGCACUGAGCCUGGAACUGGCCAAUGGGGUAAAUCGCUACCCUAAUAAUGAUGAGACAUCUAUGGAAACAGAGCAGCAGAGGGCAGGAAGCAUGCCUCCAAGGCAGUGGGUGGCAGGGCAUGGCAAGGUCAAUGACACCCAACAACAGCAACUGUGUUGGAACAGCAGCCAUGGUACAAAGCCUGGUGAACCUGUCCACCACGCAGACAUGGAGGACGCCCACAAUCUGGUGGCUUUUUCUGCUAUUGCUGGCACUUUGCCUCCUUCCUCCUCCUCAUCUUGUCUAGUGCAGCCCAACACAGCGCAGCUGUAUGAGAAGUUCACCCAGGAGAUGGGCUCUGAGGGUGCUCAGACCAGACUCUCUGCAGGGGCUCCUGAGGGCAGCUGCCAACCUCCAGAAGACCUGAAUACCCUACAGUCAGCACUGAGCCAAGCCAAACAUGGACACAAGCCCCCCAACUGCAACUGUGAUGGCCCUGACUGUCCAGAUUACCUUGAGUGGCUGGAGAAGAAAAUUAAGUUGGCAACAAGUGAGGAUCAAGGUUCCUGCAAGAUGGCUGAUACUCCCCAACACUUACAGUCUCACCUACAGCAACCACAUUUGCAGCAUCACCCUCAACCCUACUCCCAAGUGAAUGGUGGCCAUCGAGUGUCUACUUCAUACCCCCAGCAGCAAGAUGGAACUCAUUUAGACCAAGUGCCCUGCUCCAAGCCCCCAAUUCCCUGCUCUCCCCAGGUGCUCUCCAUAGCCAAGGAAAAGAACGUCAGUCUUCAGACAGCCAUCGCCAUAGAAGCCCUCACCCAGUUAUCUGGUACUGGUCCGCAAGCUGCUGGCACUCCAGGUCAAGGCCCUUACAACAGUAACCUCCAUCACCAACAACAUAUACAAAACCUCCCAUCUCAACCCCUAAAUGGCACUAGCUUGAUUGUGUCCUCUCCUGGCACAAACUCAUCCUCUUCACGCUCUCAAUCCGUCCCUCCAGGACUACACACCAGCCAGCAGGCCCUGUUAUCCUUUGAGCACCACAGGCCCCAAUCCCAGGGCCAGCCACCCCAUGCUACCCCUCUUCCAUCCUCUACCUCUCCCUUCCCAGGUCAGGGAAAACAUCCAGGCUUCAGCCCUACUCCCCAGCAGUGGCAGCAGGGCUCAGGCCGAGGCUCUGAACAGAAAAAUCCAUGGAUGUGUAUGAAGUCUGAAGCCCAGUCUCACUAUGCCGCAGCACCUCACAGUAGCUCAGACCCUAUGUCAGAGCUCAAACAGCUGCUUGGUGAUACCAGUGGCAAGUUCAGCAAUGCUCCUUUCAAGCUUCCAGUCACACAGCAGUUCAGAAUGAGCCAGAAUGGAGGUGUCCAAGCCCUAGACAACCCAGCAUUGGCCAGGAUAAAGCAAGAGCCAGACUCUGGUGAGCACUACCAUCACACUGCCUCCAUGGGACAUUAUGGCAUGGCUAACUGUCAGCCGCAGGGUCAGCACUACCCUGGCUCUCCCCUGUCUCCUGGCCAAGCAGCCAUCAGUCACUCCACUCAGGCAGCUCUGCAACAGCACCUUCACUACAAGAGGAACCUCUUCUCUAACCACUCCCCUGGCUUUGGAGUACCAGGCCCUCAUGCACCUCUGGCUUGCCAAAACUUGAAAAAAUGGUGGCCGCAGAUAGAGGCAGACAGUUUGUCACUAGCCAACAAACAGGAACCCAAGGAGCCCAAAAAGAAAAAAAGCAGCCAAGGGUCUCCUGUCAUAAAAGCUAUGAGUGGGAUGCUUUCGGUCCCUCCCCUGCCCAAGCCCAAACAGAUAGUCAUCAAGAAGACCAAGCAGAAAGCCUCCAUGCCAACCUUCCUGCCUCAGACUCAAAUCACCAUACAAAAACCACCAGUCCUCAUGAUGGACAGAGCCCCGGCCCUGACCAGCCUGCAACCAGGUUCUUUCCCCCCUCUGCCCCUCCACAGUAACCCCACUCAGGCUGCUGCUGCAGGCCUCCCUGCCCCAGCCCAAUCUCAGGUAUCCAUUUCCAACCCCUCUUCCAUUGUUUCUGCUUUGUCAGAAAACACUCCAGCCCUCAUAGGUGCUCUGCCCCCACCUGUGGCCCCGGUAGACCAUGCUAAGUCAGAGCGAGCAGGCAGCCUGGCCUCCAGUAAUACCAGCACCACUACACCUCUGACCUCCACAUCUCCAUCUAGCACCUCACAAUUACCAGGGCUUAUCAACAUAGACCCAAAGUACGAAGAACUUAUCCGCCAGUUUGAGGCUGAAUUUGGGGACACUGAGGGGCCUGCUACCCAGCCAAUGGAUGAAAAAGCUACAGGCCCUCAGCUGGAGAAUCUGUCUCAGACCAGUCCUCAAGACCUAAGUCCCACAUCAUCCAAAUCCCAGUCAGAUCCCUCAAUUGCCACCACUAAAGCCAGCUCCAAACCUCAUCCAAGCGAUCAGGAGAUGGAGGUCAAUAAAGAUGAGUCAGGGACCCAAAGUGAAGUCACCUUGAAUCAGACAUCCACAAAAAGCCCAAUGGAGGGGCAGGGUGAAGUCGCUCUUCAUCAGGAGGCUAUUCUGGAAAAGCAGCAGCCUAAUGUAUCAGAGGAUAAGUUCAGCAUGCCAGGCUCUCCGCUGCCGAAACGCAUGAAGAUUGAAACCUCGGGUGAUAUAGCAAUACUUUCCACUACGUGCUAUUCCGAAGAGGACACGCCCACUAAGGAAAGUCUACCUUCGUCUCCAUCUCUCAGAGGCUUCCUAGAGUCUCCUCUGCGCUACCUGGAAAGCCCUACCAAGACCUUGCUUGACACUCCUUCCAAGGAUCUACAGGCAGAGUUCCCUGUUUGCACCUGUGUGGAACAAAUUGUGGAAAAGGAUGAAGGGCCCUACUACAAUCACCUGGGAUCUGGACCUACUGUAGCUUCCAUACGAGACCUGAUGGAGAGGAGGUAUGGAGAGAAGGGGGAUGCCAUCCGGAUUGAGAAGGUGGUGUAUACAGGCAGAGAGGGGAAGAGCUCUCGAGGAUGUCCUAUUGCUAAGUGGGUAAUCCGCCGUGGCAGCGAGAAGGAGAAGCUCCUGUGUCUGGUUCGUGAGCGUGCUGGUCAUCACUGUGCCAACGCUGUCAUCAUCAUCCUGAUUAUGGCCUGGGAAGGUGUCCCGAGGGCUCUGGCUGACGCGCUGUACCACGAGCUCACUGACAGCCUCACCAAAUAUGGCAACCCCACCAGCCGACGCUGCGGCCUCAAUGAUGAUCGUACCUGUGCGUGUCAAGGCAAGGACCCUGAAACUUGUGGGGCUUCCUUCUCCUUCGGUUGCUCAUGGAGUAUGUACUUCAAUGGCUGUAAGUACGCCCGAAGCAAAAUGCCACGCAAGUUCAGGCUACAAGGAGAUCACCCUGAAGAGGAGGACAAACUCAGGAAUAGUUUCCAGAAUCUGGCAACUGAGGUGGCUCCUUUGUACAAGCAGUUGGCCCCACAGGCGUACAGUAACCAGUGUUUGUCAGAGUCAAAAGCUCCAGAAUGCAGGCUUGGCUUGAAGGAAGGCCGUCCAUUCUCUGGAGUCACUGCUUGCAUGGACUUCUGUGCCCAUGCUCACAAGGACCAGCAUAACCUCUACAAUGGUUGCACAGUGGUGUGUACUUUGACUAAGGAGGACAACCGUGAGGUGAAGAGGAUCCCUGAGGAUGAGCAGCUUCACGUGUUGCCACUUUACAAGGUCUCCCUGACUGAUGAGUUUGGCAAUGAGGAGGCACAGCGCCUCAAGAUGAAGACGGGGGCAAUUCAGGUGCUCCAGGCUUUCCGCCGCGAGGUACGCAAGUUGCCUGAACCUGCCAAGUCCUGCCGACAGCGUAGACUGGAGGCUAAGAAAGCUUCCUCCGAGAAGAAGAAAAAUAAACUCUUGCAGCAGGCAGGGGAAACACCAGAGAAAACUGUGGUUAAGGCUGAGGUCUGCAUCACUGGUUCCCCUCAACUCCAAGGCAAUAAAGCAAUGAUCAAACAAGAGGUGAAGCCCAACAUCAAGAAGGAGCACUUCAAUGGAUCAAUAGAUGGAUACCCCAUGCAGGCAGCAGACCCAUUCAACAACAUCUAUCCACACCCUGCCUUCUAUGCAAGGGGAGGCCUUCCCCCAACUGGCCAGCCCUCUGCACCAGACCCAGUAAAUGGUUACCACCACAACCUGCCCGCAAUGCACAAUGGCUAUUACAACUACCCCCCCAAUGCACUUUUCCGCCCUAAGCUGAGGACCUAUGAGGGUCGAAAUAGCUCUUUGCCCAAAGCAGGCAGCAAGGUUGACCAGGUCGACAAGAAGCCUGAUAUUCAGAGCCUCCAGGCCCGAAUGGCCCAGUCCUACCCUAACUACCCCGAGCAACCCAACCAACCAAACUACAGCAGUUACACCCAGCCUGCUGACUACAACCAGUCCCGUCCGUCCUCAGUCACCUCGGAGUCCUCCAACAGAGGAACGCCAAUCAUCAAACAGGAGCCUAUGGAUGUGCCAGUCUAUGAAGGCACAAUGCCCAGCCAGGCUGGUGCAAGCACACCGAGCACCACCCCCCAGCCUGCGGCCUGGCCAGGUCACAAGCUUAAUGGAAGUAUCGUUCCCACCAACUGGGAGGGCCAUCUGAACCCUAAACAACGUGCUGAAGCCUCAUUGUUGAACCCAGACAAGCAGCAGUUUCACCAGCAUCCCCAGCAGCAGCAGCCCACUCCUUAUCCCCAGCAGUGGACAUCCUACCCUGGCUCAAAUGCCCAGAUGCCUUCCCCUGCCCCAUCGCCAUUACACCAGGUACCUUCUUCUCCAUCUCCGUCCCCUCACCUAGGCACAGCACUCCCAGGUAACAUACAUCAAGGCUCCUCAUACCCUGGCACCCCACGUUCAAGCACCCCUCACCCAGGUACACCACAGCCUGGUGGCUCUAACUCAGGCUCAGUUACACCACAGCCAGGUACCCCAAGGCACUGGGCCAGCCCUGCUCCUAGUCCUCAGCCAAAUGCUUGGGCCAUGGGACCUGCAGUGUAUAGCCCUGGUUUGAAGCACAGCAAUCCUGCAGGAGCUUACCCUGACAAGAUCUGGUCCAAGACAGGUGAAAGUCGGUGUUCCACUCCCCUUGGGCUCCAAGAGAAGGCCUGGAAGUCCUGUGGAGGUUCAGUGGCAGGCAGUACCCCGUCCCCUGCCCCUGAGGGUCGCCUCUUCCCUGAUGCCCUGCAGCAGUCAGAUCAAGCCUGCUGGAACCGCAGCCAUGCUGAGAGUGACGUUGAGAGCAACAAGGGCCGUGACGACGAUGAUGAUGAGGUGUGGUCUGACAGUGAGCACAACUUCCUGGAUCCCAACAUUGGUGGUGUAGCUGUAGCACCAGCCCAUGGCUCCAUCCUGAUUGAAUGUGCUCGUCGGGAACUACAUGCUACCACUCCGCUCAAAAAGCCUGAUCGCUCCCACCCCACCCGCAUCUCCCUGGUCUUCUACCAGCACAAGAACCUCAACCAGCCCAUGCACGGCCUAGCUCUGUGGGAGGCCAAAAUGAAGCUGCUGGCAGAGAGAGCGCUGCAGAGGCAGCAGGAAGCGGCUCUCCUUGGCCUCUCCCAGGAGGACAUCAAGGCCCUUGGAAAGAAACGCAAGUGGGGGGCUACAGUGGCAGGUGCCAGUCCAGGUCCUGGACAAUCUAAAGACAAGAGGGAGGGGCCAGUGACGCGGUUAGCCCCCACGUUCCAAACGACCUCUAUGGUUACUGUGUCUCCCUAUGCCUUCACCCGCCUCACUGGGCCCUACAGCCACUUUGUCUGAGGUCAGUAAGACACAAACAGACUGAGUGCUUCAGAGUGGUGCAGUGGAGGGCUGGAGAGAGCGUUGAGCAGGAUGAAUGUCUCUCAGCCGUCCAGCAGUCUGGCAUCUCUCCAUCCUGCCCCCUCCGCAGUCCACUUGGAGGAGGGGACAUUUUUAUUGUUUUUUACCUCAUGUCAGGCAGUGGUUUGGGAUUCAGACACACUGCCUGUGGUGCUCUUCCUCUCUCUUCCCUGGAGAGGAACUCCAUUGCUUUUUCUUGUUUAUAGAAUUUUAAUGAUUCUAAUUAUUGCUAUUAUUAUCAAUAUUAUUAUGAUUGCUAUUGUUACUGUCAAUGUUGUUAUUACAGGUAUUAUUAUAAUGAAGACUUGUUUUUUUAAUUAUUGCUGUUUUCAUUAAUGUUAUUAUUAAUGAUGUGAUUGUUUUUGGUUAUGUUUUUUUUUUUUUUUAAUCAAUCAGUCUGAGUCAAUCAGACAGUUGCUUUUUCCAUGUUUGGAAAACAUGUACCCUAUUUUCUGUUUGAUCUUCUUUGUUCUUUUCAAUCUUCCAGCUGUACUGAGAGGAGGAGCAAUUAUCUACCUGACAAGACAGCAAAUCGAUAUUACAGUAACCAUACAUACAUAUCUGUAUAUUUACAAUAUACAGAUGCGUAUUUUUAAGCUAGUUAUGGCAGAGGGAUAAUUACAAUUAUUAUUGACCUGGGCCUCAAUUUCCUAGUUUUGGCUAGUGUAAAGAUUGUGUCAAAAUGUUCAUUGCUAAGGCUGAAAUUGAUUGAGUUUACCAGCAUCACUGCACAGCAUAGACACACUGUACCAGGGCUGGCCAACAUUUGUUUUUAAUUGCUUGGAACAUGCAUAUAAAUUCUCUACGUAUUUCUGUCAGGUUUUCCCCAUUAGCUGGGUAAACCUGUGCACUUCAUCCUCCCAACAAAGUGUACAAAUUAAAACUAUUUUGCUUGUCUACAAAACUGGUGAAAGUCAGUCAGUGGUCAAAGCAGUAUAGUGUAUGACAGAAUUAUCAGUUGUAUUUGCACUGAUACCUUUUUGAUGUGUUUAGUGUAACAAGCAGAAUGUGUAAAAGUACACUUUUAAAAAAACGUGGCUGCCACGGUAUUGGAGAGCAGAGCCCCUACAAGGCUAAAACUAAAGUUAUAAACAAAACCAAUCAUCAUGGUGAGGAAAGUAGUAAAACAAACCCAGGUUGAAAAUAAUUGAAAUCACCCUUUUUAACCACAUUGGGAGAAAAUGUUGCUGCUUCUCUCGGAUGAUGUGCUCCUCCUCCUCUUGUACACCCCUUCAGCUUUUGCCUGGUGCUCAACUUCCAGCUCUGAUUGACUCUCAUUCCGCAACUCUCCAUCGCAGUUGGUGCUGAACUUAGGUGCUCUAUCACAUAAUUGGCUCAACUAGCACUAGCAAGUAAAUAUGUUUGUAUUGGCUGCGGUCGAGUACCAGAAUGACUUAAGGUGCAGAAAAAUUGUCAUGCUAAGAAAAGUAUAAUGAAUUGUCUUACACAUGCUUUCCUUUGCUGCACAUAUCUGGUACUUCACAGAGGCUAACAUAACUGAUACAUUUUGCUAAUGUUAUGUGGCCCAUAUCUGCAAUCACCACAUACAAAUGGAACAGGAGACACACUUUAUCUUCCUUCAACAUUCUAGUUUGAGUGAGCACUCCCCAGUGUGAACUCUAGAGGGCAGCAGUGAAUACCGUUUCAAAGUGGUUUGUACAAACAAGAGCUUCAGGUCCAUGUAAAAGCCAGUAUAGCCUUGCCUUACUGCUUCACCCAUUCAUGGCCAGCAGAGGGAGCUCUCCCACCCUUUUAGCUGAUCAUGCAUGGCAGAGCUAAAGGCAAAGCUGGUCUUUGUCCCACUGCGGCUCAAAUGUGAAUGAAGUCUGGAGAUGCUUUUAGGAAGAGCAGAACGAAUCAGUGUUGGGACAGCAGUGAUUUUGGUGCUCCUACACACACUUGGUGCUCUCCUAUUACACUUGAUUUACUGUGAAGGGCCCACUCCUUCCUCUGCGUGGUGCUGUCAUCUUAGAGCAGAGCGAGGCGUGUCCUUCAGCAGGCACCUUGUCACCACAGAGCCAGCCAAUCAAAGUGGCCGCAUUAGGGUUGCAGCUCUGUCAUUCAGCUCAAGAACUGGUUCCUUUUGAGGAGUUUUUGCAGUUUACACUGUCCAGGGCUGAGAAAGCACAGUCACUCAAUGCGGUUUUUGUAACCCUUUCAUAGAGAAGACUGAGAGUAAAAGGGAGUCCCUGUAGCUUCUGGAAGUUGGCUCCAAUAAUCAAUGAAUCUCUCGCUGUGUGAGUGAGUGAGUGAGUGAGUGAGUGUGUGUGUGUGUGUGUGUGUGUGUGUGUUUGUGUGCACAUGCGUGCUUGGACAAAAAUUACAAAUGCUUGGGUGUAUGAAAGAGAGAGACUUUGAUAGCCUGGAUAGAAUCCCUUACAUCGUUUUGAUUUUCUCUCCAUCAACCAUGUGACUAUUUGAUUCAUAUAAGUCUAAAAUGAGCAACUAAAAGAACUCGAUACAGGCUGACUCCUGGCCGCUGGGUGGUUGUUUAGGUCGAGGCCCUGGUCUACUCUCCGAAGGUCUCCAGCUCUCUACCUCACGCUGUAGAGACACUGGUCACAAUCACAACUUGCUACUGAGGGCAGAGAAUCAUGCAUAUGUCUUUUUGUGUGCUUUAGAUAUCCACACUCAUUUUAACUUGCUUUUUUGUUUUUUGUUUUUUUUACUCUUAUUUAUUACUACAUGGUGAUGAUGAUAAUGAUUGUCUUUGAUGUUAUUGCUUUUUUUCAUCUUUUUUUAUAUAGCUAAUACAAAUUGUACAUAGAAAGAAAAAGAUUUAUAAAAGCACUUUUAAUCUUGAUUUUAAUGACAAAAAGAAAGAGCCGAUUAUUGACAACUUGAAGCUUAGGUUUUUUUGGGUUUUUUAUUUUCUCAAGAGAGAGAUAAAAAAAAAAUGUAAAUAUUAAAAUAUUUAGGUAAGAUUAUUUAACUGGUGAGGAUAGUAACUGAACCAUGAAUGACAAGGGGGUAUUUUGAAGUCUCUGACAGCCCUCAACAACAGUAAACAACACUUGGUCCCAAUGUGUUGUGUGUAAACGUGUGCUUAGUAACACUGCUGUUUUGCUUUCGUAAGUACUGUACCCCUUGUCAGCAUGUCACUGACAGAGACCUGACACUUUCUAAAAACAAGUUCAUUUGCCCCAACUAUGUAACAUGAGACAACACUUGACUUACUCACUGGCGACAGUCAAAAUAACUGGAGGAUCCCCCAUGUUGCAUUUCUCUGACCAGAACCUCAUAUCUAGUAAAAACAUGAAUUUUACUGUUUUAAAAAGCUUGCCUGCGACUCAUUGCUAAUUAAUGGCAAUAUCAUAUUUCGAUAUAAGCUUGAAAAUACCAAAAUUGUAAUUAUGUGGUACUCAAUAAUAUUGAUCUAUUGUCAGUAAACAAUUAAACUGACAUGUGCUGCUUGCUGAUUAAAUUAAUAGUUUAAGAUUUGUGAAAUAAGCUCAUUUACUUUCUUGUUGAGCGUUAGACUGGAAGAUGGACACCACUCUCAUGUCUGUAAGCCGAAUAUGUACCUGGAGCUAGAAGGCAGUUAGCUUAGCUUAGCAUAAAGACUUGAAACAGAGGGAAACAGCUAGCCUGACUCUGUUGACAGGUAACAAAAAAGCUCACUAGAACAUUAUGGUUUGUUUUUUAAUCAAAACCUGGAGUCUAAACACGUUGAUCUGUAAUUUUUCGAUUCUUUAUUCUUAGCAAACCUGCUACUGCUACUGGCUGUAGCUUUAUGUAUAGCAUUCAGAAAUGGGAGUGAUCAAUCUUCUUACUAAAGCGAUUAAACUAAUUUCCCAAAAUGUUGAACUAUUCUUUUAAUAUCAGUAGAGUUGCUCUUGAUAAAUUUACCAACGAUACUGUGCAGGACCGCAUCCAAAGAGGAGGAUGUUGAGGAACAUAAUGGUAGUUGCAGAGCCAGUCUGAGGUGAAUCAGUGGACAAUGUUUUAGCGAGUUAUAGCCCAGCAAUCUUUGUUAGUUGUGUUAGACUAUCAGGUAAGAGACUGCUCCCUGCUUCUUUAGAUGUAUCUAUCAUUAUAUAUCCACUCUAGUUCUCAUUAUAGUAUGUAUGCACUUGGCACUCAUGACACCCCUGUUUCAUUUGUAAUUCUUUAUCACAUGAUACAAACAUCACAGCCAACAGGUAGAGGGGCUGGGACUAGCACGGCAGCAGGGCCCACAUUACACACAGACACACACACUUGCCUAACAAUGGGAUGGGUGCUAGGGAAACAGUGUACAUGAAACUGAAUAACUUUGUAAAUGUCUAAAUGUCUCACGAGUUUGGUGGAUGGUUCUCAUGAGAGGUGCCACCUCCCGAGCGCGUACCGAAAUGGGGUCAGCUGGUGCUAUGAUGCUACACCUUUAGAUUCACUGUGUAAAAAAAAAAAAAAAACAAAUGUGAGGGAUAAAUGAUCACCACAGAUAUUUUUCUGAGCUCUUUGAAUGUCAAGAGAACUAUACUUUUGAUUCAAGCAGUUUCACAUGAUCAGAAGCUGCCCUGGUGCUGACUUUAUGAAAAAGUCUUUUGUUACAAUGCUACAAAUUUACAUCUCUUUUUGGGGGCAGGGGGGGCACUCAAACAGUUGAUCACAUUCUUUAUUAAUAUUCAUUCCAUAUUGUACUUGAACUCAUUUGAACUAGGAUGAGAUAAAGAGUCAUAUUAUAUGAGGACUGUUAUCUGGGUUUCAUAUUUGGUACAGCGCAAGUACCAAAGGCUGUUGAAAUAAUCUUUUGAGUAUGUUGUACAUGUUGAUGGUAACUGAAUGCUAAGAUAUCUGAACAAUACAAGAAAAACAAUUGUGUACUGCCUCCCUCUUCCUCUACCCAGUCAUGCACUUCCUUUACUCCACCCCUCUCUUUCUCGGAACACCUUGUAUAUUUUGUCUUUCUCUCAUACACACAAACAUAGAUAUACAUAUGCGUCUCACUGUGUAUGGCCCACUUUUAGAAGUCUAUUGAACACAUCAUUGAACGAACACUCCAAAUUUAGGGUAGAGACUCAGACCCUGGCCCAUAGAAAAAAUAUAAAUGAACCUACAAAACUGGCAGCUACAUUCCUUUUUGAGUUUUAGGAUUGUUCUUGGUUCAUUAUUUUCAUGUCAAGGAUGCAGUAUGUAAAAAAAAAGUGUUUUUGUUCAGUCUCUCUCUCUUUGUAGCUGUAUGGUGUAUUAUGUGAAUACAUAGUGUAUGUGGUAAAAACCCCACAAUAUUGUUUUAUGUUGCGCGAUAAAUAAAAACAUUGAAGUGUG